UAGGAGAGCUUGGAAAAAGUCAGUGAAUAAUGUGUGGACCGUGGAGAAACAAUGCUAUUAAGAAUCAACAGUAUUUAAAAAAGAAGUGUUACUGGUGGCGAUGACAACAUCCCCGGUCCCCCUAUCGAACCGACAUGAUUUGUCCACUGCAGGAUCUUCCAAACUCAUUGGAGAAUAAAACUACACUUUUCAGAGAGGGAGAGGGAGAGAGAAACCUUCCUUUUUUCCCCCUUUUCUUUUUCCCCUCUUGAGGGCAAUGGUGACUCCUCUUCAGCUGGUUUCUGCUGGUGGCUACUUCUGCUUCUGAUUCACGGUGAUGGUGAUGGGCAAUGUUAGUGGCAAAAGUGAUGGAGAAGGAACUUCUGGAGGGUAUGAACAGUAUGUGGAGAGUUCACAUGGUGGAAGUCACGUUUAUCCCGAGCACUCGGUCCCGGCGGUUCCUUUUCCCAAGCCUGCUGACAUGAUGGCAAAUCAAAGUUUUGAUUUGCUUUGGAAUAUGAAUUAUGAGGCUACCUGCCAUGAGAGACGAACCCCAGUGAUGAUUACCUGGAAUCAUGGAGGGAAGCAAGUGGCUGUUACGGGGUCAUGGGAUGACUGGGAAACAAUUGAACCAAUGCAGAGUUCAGGCCAAGACUUCAUCAUUUUGAAGGUUCUUCCUUCUGGUGUUUACCACUAUCACUUCGUUGUGGAUGGACAGGUCAAGUAUGCGCCAGAUUUGCCUUGCGAUUUUCAUGAACCGCUGACAGCCUACAAUAUAUUGGACGUGAAGGAGUAUGCAGCCGAAGCCUGUCAAAGCGAAUCUGGGGUCACGCAUCCUCCUUCCCCUGAUGCAAGCUACAGCAGAAGUUCUAUAAUUGACAUUGAUUUUGGCAAGCUUCCGCCUGAUCUUCCUCCUCAAUUGCAUAGAACUCUGUUGAACGAGUCAUCGAAUACGGAUUGUUAUCAAUUUCCGACAAGGCCACAGCAUGUUGCAUUGAACCAUCUGUACAUGAAAAGCUGCGACCAGGGUCAGGCCAUUGCCUUUGGGUCCACACACCGUUUUCUUGAAAAGUAUGUGACAGUGAUUCUUUACAAGCCGUCCUGGAGACAAGUGAAGGAAAGAUGAAACCUUCCUCCUUUAUUUCGGGACCUGGAUAGAGGCGUCCGAGUUUUGUCAAUAAAUUUUUUACAGAUAUGGAUUAUGUUUAAGGAUGAGCAAGUGCUUUUAGGUAAAACUCACGGCAGCAGCGUGCAUUGAUUAUUAGAAACCGUUCGCUGUGUAGUGUGUACGCGUAUAUUUGAAUAUCCCUCCAUUUCUAGUUUAUGUCCUUUCACGAUAUCAACUUUGAUUAUCAGUUCACUUGUGCGGCUCUUCCAACUGAAAUGCAUCAUGCAGAUUUUCCAAA